AUGGCCUGCCAGCUCCAAAAAAAGCGGGGCGCCGAGGAGAGCCUCGAGGCCGCGUCGAACCGGGCGCGCAAGGGCGCGACGCGGCCGAACAUCCUCGUGACGGGCACGCCCGGCGUGGGCAAGACGGCCGUCGCCGAGGCGCUCGCGAAGCGCCUGGGCCUCGAGUGCGUCGGCGUGAGCGCGCUGGCGGCGUCCAUCGGCGCGCACGAGGCCUGGGACGACGAGCGCGCGUGCCACGUGCUCGACGAGGACAAGGUGCUCGACGCGAUGGAGCCCAAGCUCGGCGCGGGCGGCUGCGUCGUCGAGUACCACGCCUGCGAGCUCUUCCCCGAGCGCUGGUUCGACCUCGUCCUCGUCCUCCGCGCCGGGACCGAGAUCCUCUACGACCGCCUCGCGGCGCGCGGCUACGCCGAGGCGAAGCUCCAGGAGAACCUCCAGUGCGAGAUCAUGCAGACGAUCCUCGAGGAGGCGCGCGAGAGCUACGCGCCGGAGAUCGUCGUCGAGCUCACCAACGAGACGCCCGCGGACCUCGACGCCGCGGGCGACCGUGUCGCGCAGUGGCACGCCGCGUGGCUCGCGAACAACGGGGCGUAG